UUGGAGGAGUUGGAGCAGAGUGAGAGCGAUCGUCGCCUCAGGUCGCACACGCCGUGUGUCCUGAUGCUGGUCACUCUCAAAGUGCUGGAUGACAUCGGAGAGCGGUUCGAAGAUCUCUGUAGACAGGCCAUGGAAUGCAACAUCAAGAUCUAUAUCCCCGAGUUUCAAAUGAAUACGAUCAGGACAAACGCGAAGCAGUCAACAACCUUCGGUAAGAUUCAGCAAUACAUAGUCGACAUGUCUACCAGGUCCAACUCUCUCUUCAAGGUUGAGUCCAGGGAACAUCGCCCGGCGCAGCGCUACGAGUCCAACAACAACGAUCUCGUUGUGGUACAUGCACGGGCCCUGGAAAGUCCAAAUGACUACGUCGUAGUCGUCGCUCUUGAGAAAGAAGCAGCUUACAGGGAGUGCAAGGAGAUCGGUAUCCCUGUCUUCACUCCUGGUGUAGAAGGCAAAGCUCAAAGGAACAGGCUCAACUCCUGUGCUGGAGGAAUGAGCGAGCUGCUCAGGAGGCUGAUGGCGACUGAGGACAAAGAUCCCAAGACGUUCUUUCAGGAGGAGUGGAGCGCUAGGCAGGGGUUUGCAUGCAAGACUGGAAGCUGAACAUGCGGAGAUGGAGAGUUGUCUUAGUUGAGGACAAGGAUAAGGGAUGCUAUCAACACCGUGAAUGAAUGAAAGAUAACGAU